AUGAGACGGAAGUAUGGCCAAGCACCUACUCUUGGCAUUCAGCCACUUACCGGUGCAAACUACACUGCUUGGAAAGAUCAAUUAGAUCUUACUCUGGGGUAUCUUGACCUUGACUAUGCCAUUCGUAAUGAUGAACCCGAUGCUAUUAUUGCAAACUCUACUGCUAAACAGAAAGCAGCAUUUGAGAAGUGGGACAAGGUGAAUCGGUUAUCACUUAUGACGGUCAAGAACUCUAUUCCCCUUGGUCUUCGAGGAGCUAUCCCUGAGUCUGACAAAGUCAAAGAUUACCUCAAAUCUGUUGAGGAUUACUUCAAGGGAUCGUCUAAAGCGCAUGCAAGCAGCUUAAUGCUAAAGAUGCUUACUCUGAAAUAUGAUGGAAGUAGUGGUGUCCGUGAACACAUAAUGAAAAUGAGUGACAUGGCGAACAAGCUUAAGACUCUCGAAAUGGAAGUCUCUGAUAAUUUUCUUGUGCAUUUCAUAAUGACAUCAUUGCCUGCUCAAUUUGAUGCCUUCAAAAUUAACUAUAAUGCUCAGAAAGAUAAAUGA